CAAGUAAUUUUACUUUUUGUUAAAAUUUUACGACAAUAAUACCAGAUGCCUCUGCUUCUACUAAUACAUCGAACAUUACACCCAUAUUAUAGACCCUAAUGGCCAAUCAUAAUGGCUCUGCUUCUAUAGCAGAUGCCCCACCUCAAGAUCCAUAUUCAAUGCCUAUGAGUAUUAAUGUCGCGGACAUUGUUGAAGAAGACGAGGAUGAAUAUGAGUAUGAAUACUCUAGUACAGAGAAAGAGGUACGACUUGGAAAAAGUCUCUCCAACGACCAAUCUAACGUCUGUAGAUAUUUUAUGUUACUCUCGAUCUCACUACUCCAAAUGUUCCUGUCAAAAGAAAGUUGGCGCAAACACAUCCUCGUCGCAAUGCGAAGAAAUGGUUAAAUCCUGGUCUUGGUAAACAUCGAAGACAUCUUGGUGACUCGACUACUAUCGUAAUUGAUAAGGAAAAGCCUGCGAAAGCUAAAGGAAAAGCGAAGGGGAAGAGCGCGAAGAAACCACUUAAUGUUGAAGAUGAUGAUGAACCGGUAGAAGGUGAAGAAGUUGAAGAACCUUUGGAAGACGAAAUGGCACAACCGGUAUCUAUAUCAAAACCAGUUGAAGCCGGUAAGUCAUCAACGGGAGAACAAUACUCGAAUUUCAUCGCGGAUACCAAGCGUGGAGGAGAAGCCCCAGCAACUUUCAAACCCGAAGUACAAAUAUUAGGUCUGCAUGAAGAUAAUCCAGUUGUAUCUUAUGAGGGAAAUAUCUACCAAUGUCGAUGGGAAGAGAAUAUGGGAACAGAAUUACUCUUCACGGCACACGAUCCUCAUAGUAAAUUACCUAUUUUACAAUCCGUUUCCAAUGAGGUCGAUUUACUAGCUGCAAGCUCGGCACGCAUAACAUCUGUCAACACAAAAGUCGAGGAUAAAGAUCCUAUGGGAGGUUCUGGUGGGAAACGUCGCAAUUAUUUCUGGAGGUCAGGUAAUAUACGUGAACUUAAGAUACCAGUUGGUGUGGCAGCUUCUGAACAGAGGAAAAAUCAAGCAUUCUUUUUACAAUCUUUGAUUCAAGUUAAGGAAUCAAAGCGGGAGAGAGAUCACGUUACUGUAAUGGCGCGAAGGAGAAAUACAAAUCGACAAUGGAGAGCAAUCAUGAAGCAAAAACAAGCAGCCGAAGUAGCACAGAUACGAAAAGCUAUGGCGACGGGUAAAAUGAAUCGGGCAGAUGGGCAGCAGAGAUUAGAUCAAAUGACUAAGGAUAAUGAGAUCUUAGCUGCUGAAGAUAAAUUGAGGGGUAUUGGAACUGAUGGGAGAAAGAUACGACAUGGUGGAAGGAAGAAGACUGUGAAUGCAGAUCAACAGAUUGUGAGAAGACCUCCUGGUGGACUUACAAAUUAUUUGAUGAAUAAUGCAGCUCCAGAAGAUGAGGAUGGAAUGGAUACGGGUCUUGAUGGUGUAGCUGAUAUGACUCCACUGUCAUAUUCUAUUGGAGAAGAUGAAGAUAUGGAAGCGGGAGAUUAUGUGGAUGGUGUAGAGAUGAAUGGUGGGGUAGAAUACGAAUAUGGAGAAGAUGGAGAAAUGAAUUAUGAGGAUGAUGGUGGUUUUGAAGAAGAUUAUGAGAUUGAAUAGUAGGAGUUGUACUCGAGUAGUGCUUCGGAUUUCAUUUGAAGGAUGAAUGGAGUUUAAUCGUCUGGUUAAAUCACCUAUUAGCUAAAUGUGAAAGAU